AAAAUAGAGGGAUGGAUUGACUCCAUAUGGGUGGGUUUUAUUUUUGAGAAACAUUUAAGUUCAAGACAUUUAAGUUUUAAAUGGAGUUUAGUUACCGGGGGCAGGUUUUACUCUUGUUUAAAGACCCAUUAUAAAGGAUGUGUUGCAAGAAUACUGACAGCCAUUUGGCCAUCGUUCACUUUGGGGAUGCGUCCCUCAAACGACAGCCAAACAAAACCACUGUUAAUCUGACAUGGACACAUGCACACACACUAUGAAUUAAAGUAUUGGUUUUUCACAUGGUUGUAUUAUAACAAGGUUUUCAGGUGGUUUGUUCAAAAGAUAGGUUGGUUUCAUGGUUAAUAUGUGCUACAUCUACAAUGUGACUGACGAUCCGCUUGGUAUUAUAUAAAAGCCAUUCAUAUUCGUUGGUUAAAUCAAUAAUCUCAUACACUAUACAAUCUGCUCAUAUACACUAUUGUUUAUGAGCAGAAUGGUUUUAAAACCACUAGCAUUGACAGUCGAGAAAUCUUGAUAAAUUGAGGUUGAAUCAAAUAAGCUAUGCCUGUUGUCAAAUGGCUUUUAAUUGAGAUCCAGUUUUAAUAAACUUGACAACCAUUACAUCACUUGUGCUGUUUGUAAAGGAUAAUUGGCAUCCAUCGAGACUGUUUUAAAGCUUUGCUUCAAAUUCAUCAAAAUUUUGCCUUUUAUGUUGGGCAUAUUUAAACCUAAUGUUAACUAUCUUGAAAGCGAUAGUCUGCAUUCUCUCCUCAACUAAUCUUGGAGGGGGAGUUGCUCCCGUUCUAAUCCUGCCAUCCAUCACUACCAUCAUUUGGUUAGAAAUGUAAUUAUUCAAAAAUUACAUGGCACCCACAUGUAGGCACACACACACACACACACACACACACACACCCAGAGCCUUUGAGGAGGAGGAAUAGGAGGUGGUGGUCGUGGAAGGGAAAGAGGAGAAGGAGAAGGAGGAGGUGGUCGCGUCAUUGUUUGACUGUGGACACACAGGACCGUCUCUGCCAGCCUCUUCAUUUAAUCGACGCACUCCCACAGACACGCACACACCGCAGAGGACAUCGCCAGCACCACGCACAGCUUCUGUCUCCACAGUUCCAGGCCUAGGUCUAGACCUUCCUCUAGGUCUCCGGGUGCGUCCUCGUGGAAACCUGAGCGUUGCCUCAUGGUUCAGUCCUCCGGCACCAUGCCUUGGACCAGACCCCAGGUGGAGCCCCACGAGAGCGUGGACCAGUACCCCGCCGACCACCACCACUACGAGGGCUCCCUGUUCCCCACCUCCACCCUGGUCCCCGUCACCGUCAUCUGCAUCCUCAUCUUCGUGGUGGGCGUGGCGGGCAACACCAUGACCAUCCUCAUCAUCCAGCGCUUCAAGGACAUGAAGACCACCACCAACCUCUACCUGUCCAGCAUGGCCGUGUCCGACCUGCUCAUCUUCCUCUGCCUGCCCUUCGACCUCUACCGCCUCUGGAAGUACGUGCCCUGGCUGUUCGGCGAGACGGUGUGCCGGCUGUACCACUACAUCAACGAGGGCUGCACCUACGCCACCAUCCUGCACAUCACGGCGCUCAGCGUGGAGCGCUACAUCGCCAUCAGCUUCCCGCUGCACUCCAAGGCGCUGGUGACGCGCCGCCGGGCGCAGUACGUCAUCCUGGCCCUCUGGGGCUUCGCGCUGGUGUCGGCCGCGCCCACGCUCCUCCUGGUGGGCGUGGAGUACGACAACGCCUCGCACCCCGACCUGAGCACCGGCCAGUGCAAGCACACGGACUGGGCCAUCGUGUCGGGCCAGCUGCACAUCAUGCUGUGGGUGUCCACCACCUACUUCUUCUGCCCCAUGCUGUGCCUGCUCUUCCUCUACGGCUCCAUCGGCUGCAAGCUGUGGAAGAGCCGCAUGGAGAUGCAGGGACCGUGCGCCCUGGCCCGCGAGAGGGUCCACCGGCAGACCGUCAAGAUCCUGGUGGUGGUGGUGCUGUCCUUCAUCAUAUGCUGGCUGCCCUACCACAUCGGCCGGAACCUGUUCGCCCAGGUGGACGACUACCACACCGCCAAGCUGAGUCAGGACUUCAACGUGGCGUCCAUGGUGCUGUGCUACCUCAGUGCCUCCAUCAACCCGGUGCUCUACAACCUCAUGUCACGCAAAUACCGCGCCGCGGCCCAUCGACUCUUCCUCCUCCACCGUCGCCCGCUGCGUCGGGAGCUCUGCGGCCAGCCGCAGCUCAGCGCCAUCGACGACAUCACCACCCUCCACGAGACGCUGACCGGCGUCUGAGAAGAGAUUGCGGUUCAUUUGGAACGGCUGCUUUUUGAUGGGAAGGCGCUCAUCGGUUUCAGAAUAGUCUAAAGGGGUGUCAGUUUUCUGUCCAAAUAAGGGCAUGGCGGUUCCGCUUGCCGAAACGUCAAAGGUUUACAUAUCUAAAAUGAGUUAAAAGUUUAUUGUGUUUAUUUGUUUAAUGCAUCGUGUAGUUAGCGAUACUGGUAGCUAUGAUUGAUUCAGCUUCGUCAUCAAUUGUACUCGUGUUUGAAAAGUUUGACUAGCGUUUUGUUGCCUACUCGCAAAGUCAUAAAACAAAAACCGUAGGCCUACUGCAAAAAAUAUUUGUAUAACAUAGGCCUACUCGCCAAAGGUUUGUUUCGAAAGUAAAAAAUAAGGACAGUUGCUUCUGGUACUUUAUGGUCUAGUUCUAAAGACUCCUCUGUUAGUUUGUAUCUUAUAUUCUGGCUACAGUAAGCCUUUUGUGAGACUAUUUCACGAUUAAAGAUUAACAAUUGAUUAUUAUCGCUUGAGAGUAAGGAAUUCCCUUUGUGCAUUUAGAGCGAAUAUAUCUGUUUGAUUAGGUUUGAAUGUAUUUAUAAUUGCCCAUGUGUCUGUUGUACCAAAUAUUCCCUGCUUCACGCUUUAAUAGCUACAACAACGGGGGCCCCUUUCACAAAUGAAAGGUGUUUUGUUUAAAUUGCCUGAUUACUUUUUCUGUGUAGCUGUAAUCGUAUUCUGGUGUUCAAUUAGUGGCGUGGUUAUCAAUUGUAUUGCUGAAGUGUUUGGUUGUCAUUUGUCUUGGGGGAUAUGAGAGAAAACAUAUUAACUGUUUCAUUUAUGUUGCCUCGGCUAGAGCCCUCUUGCUGUGGAUUUACAAUUUGGGGUGUGUGUGUGUGUGUGUGUGUGUGUGUGCGUGUGUGCGUGUUGCUAGUGUGUGCACGGGCGUGUUUGUUUUUUGUGAGGCUAUUAUAGUCUAUAUGUGUGUGUGUGUACACAUUUGUGCAUAUUAUGUGUGUUUCAUUGUGUGGUCCCCCCCCCAUCUCUCCAGAUAACUCCCAUUAGGCAAAACAGAUUUCAAUGAACACAAGGUAAACUCUGUGUCUAUGCAGGUCUGAUGCCAGGACCACCUGAGCCCUGCGGUUGUCAGGGUGCGUACGUGCUCGCCCCCAGGAUCUAAUCGGACGCUAAUAUUACAUUACCUGCCUUGAUCCCUACAGGACGCGUCCCGGCAUCACCAUAUAUUCAAAGUAAUUGUGGCACUAAGCACAUUUCAGGGACAUCAGGAGAGAUUGCCUAUGCCAAGCGGGUCGGCUCUUCAUGGACGUUAUUACAUCCUCUGCUACAAGAGACCAUUCUCCUCACCUGAACAAGGCCCUCUUAAUGUUUUCCCCGGUUUAAAGGUGCUGUAGGUAAGAUUCAAGAGCAGUAAUUUGAGGAUAAUGUGUUUGAAAAGGCCUAGUUAUCUAUCUGCCAUGACAUGUGCUGUGAGAAUACCCGUUUCGAAUGGACCUCGCCUCACUCUGUAUUAGAUCGAUUCUGGAACAUUCCCGGCUAAUUUCUAACCAAUCAGGACAUCUCUUCCCUGAUUAUCUUGGGGGAUCCAUCUUGCAUGUCAAUCACAGCUUCGUGGAUGCAACACUUCCCAAUGACGUGUAAUAAAAGGGCAAUGAAAUGUAGGGAGGGAGAGAGAAGAGGGGGGAUACAGUUUUGGUUGUUUCGUUUCAAAACAUUGCUCUCUUCUGCUUUUUCCUGCUCUCUCUAUAACUCUCAAAUCUUAUCUACAGCAUCUUUAAAUAUGCAAAAAAGCAAUUCUUGUACUAUCUUGUGCCAAACAUAACAUUUGAUUGUCUUCAUCCAAGUGGGUGAAUCGCAGAUGAGCCUUCAUCUCCCGAUCGUGUCACUUGCGUGUUGUCCUCCCAUAUGUUACACUGUCGGAAUGGAGGCUGCAUGGGACACAGCAUGACUCACCCUGCCUCGAGCGUCUACACAUCGCUGUGUCUCCUGUUGUGAACCCAGGAUUGGAUAAACAAACUAGUAGACCGUGCAAUGAAGUCUGACAUAAAAUCUUCUGUUCUCGUGACGUUUCCCAGCAUCCGGCACAGUGACAUGUACAAACUCUUCUUCUGCGGCUCUUAGUUAAGCACAAACUCCAUCAAUAAACCGAACUCACCGAUCAGUCACCGAUAUCAAAGACUCCCUAACCUCUCUCGCUUUGCAGGCUAUUUGAUAUUUUAUGCAGGUUACACUGGUUUUCUUUUAAUGGAAAAUGUAUGCACAAUUGUUGUGGUUUGUUUUUACUGUUGAUUGGUGUAUAUUUAUUUAGUGCAUUCUCUGUAUGUUUCUUAAAAUCCGCAAUUGGUUAAUUCAAAUGGGAAAAUCAUGCAUACCCAGGAGUCCAGACAUACUAAGAUGGGGUGGCCCUGGAGUGUAUAGUAUAGUAUGCAUAGCAAAAUAACUAAUGUCACUCAGGGCGGCCAAUUAUUUGUUUGCGGGGUGUUUCCCCCAGAGCCCCUACAGAUACGGCCCUGCUACCCCAGCAAAAACAUCACCCCUGUUGAGUCCCUCUUGCUAUGUUUUAUAUCUGUGUUUGUAUCCAUCCUUAUAGAAAAGAAUGGUCAAUGCAAGAUGAAUGUGUACAUGUAAGAUAGAUAGAUUUGGUAAGUUGUAAUAUUUGUAUGUGACUUUACAUUUUAUUUAUAGUUCAUUUUAAUUGGAGUGACAGACAAUACAUUUACAUAUUAAGUUACUAAACAAUUCAAUAAAUCUUAACCUUAAAAUCUUGAACAUAAUAUGGACUUCAGCAGCAUUAGUUUGCGUUCCCUUUUUCUUUAAAACUUGCAUUCAAGUCGUGCUUCGGGCGUCAUAUUUAGACCUAAUCUACACAGGCCAACUGUCUUGAGUGAAGUAGGAUAUGCGGUGAGAUAAAGCAACCAGUAAACAUCAUAUUUAUUUUUGUUUUAAAUGGGCUUGUGAGACGAGACAAUUUAUUUGGCAGGUUCUGCAUGCCGGUAAAUGAGUCUGUGAUGAUGGAUUUAUUUUCACCAGAAGGGAGAGCCAAAGUGUAACGUUGAGAAGGCAUAUGUAUUGCAAAAUACAAUUAUUUAUAGCACAUUACACGUACAUACUAUUUUACGUUUAAUUGUUUCUUUUCAGAAUUGAGUGACCCUGUGAAAGGUUUUUAGAGAGUUCAAUGUCUCUUCCACUGUUAUCCAUUGAAAAUAUAAAAACUUUUUGAGUUCUGCUUUUGCUUUGUGAUGAUGUUACAAAAUAAAAAUACCUAUUUAUUU